AUGAUCUGCCAGCAAACCGGCUGGGGAGGUCAACCCAUUAAAUCCGCAGCCCACGGCGGCGACACCUCCAUUGACCCCUCGGAGCGUCUACGACCCGUAGAAAACCACCCAAGAAUCCGCAUAACAUUCAACGGCUCCGUCUCGGACGUGCUACCCUGGAAAUUCGUGCCCCAGCAACGCGAAGUGCGCGUCCUCCCUGGCGAGACCGCCCUCGCCUUCUACACAGCGACCAACAAGUCGCCCGAAGACAUCAUCGGCGUAGCCACGUACUCUGUAACACCGGGCCAGGUGGCGCCUUAUUUCAGUAAGAUCCAGUGUUUUUGCUUUGAGGAGCAGAGGUUGAAUGCAGGAGAGACGGUGGAUAUGCCCGUCUUCUUUUACAUUGAUCCGGAGUUUGUUACGGAUCCGAAUAUGAAGGGCAUCGAGACUGUGACGUUGAGUUAUACGUUUUUCAAGGCAAAGUACGAUAAGGAUGGGCAUUUGAGACCUGUGCCUAUGGGGUGA